UUAAUGCUAGUUAAUAAAUAAACGUUUCUAUAGAACAAACGAACCGAUCAUAUCGGCCCGAAGUUAAGCGUGGUAUUCUUGUAUAAGCCCAACUUUGUUGAUUCUAUGGUGAAAAGUGGCCCAAACUAAUAUAAGCCUAGACUACAUUUCUUUUUAUCUGCUGUCCCGAACCCGAAGGGACAGGCGGACAACCCAGACCACUUUUCAUUCUAACCGACAUUGCGUUUUUAUAUGUACUUUUGGGGCUUCGACUUCUCUGAUCUCUCCCUUACUUUCUUUCUCCCUCGUAAAGAGAUUAGGGUUCUUGAUUUCUCCCGAAUCAAUCUGCCAUUACUUGGCAGAGGACUCUCUGCUGUGAUUUUACCCUCUCGCCAUCGUCUGCUGUGGUGUUUCAUUCUUAUCCGGCUCCUCAGCGCCAUCUCGUUUUAAUUAUAAGCGUUGAAUUCAGUUUCUCUUCUCCGAUUGAUUGGUUCGCCGGAUAAACCUAAAAGUCUGGGGCAGAAGCUUCUUCGUGUGAUUCUGUGGUGAAAAAUGGCAACACUAGCAGAUUCUUUCCUUGCAGACCUUGAAGAAUUAUCUGACAAUGAGCUUGAAACUAUCGAAGAAGAAGAUGGCGAUGUGGCCAACAUGGAAGAAGAUGUUGACGGGGAUUUGGCAGACAUCGAAGCUCUCAAUUAUGACGAUCUGGAUUCCGUGUCGAAACUCCAGAAGACACAGAGAUACAAUGAUAUCAUGCAGAAAGUAGAAGAAUCAAUGGUGAAAGGCUCUUUCACCACAGACGAGGGGAUGGUCUUGGAAGAUGAUCCUGAAUACCAGCUGAUUGUGGAUUGUAAUGCGUUGUCCGUGGACAUCGAGAAUGAGAUUGUUAUUAUCCACAAUUUUAUUCGUGAUAAGUAUCGGUUGAAGUUCCCUGAGCUGGAGUCGCUUGUGCACCAUCCGAUUGACUAUGCUCGUGUGGUGAAGCGAAUUGCUAAUGAGAUGGAUUUGACACUCGUUGAUUUAGAAGGCCUUCUGCCCUCGGCUAUCAUCAUGGUUGUUUCAGUGACUGCAUCAACCACAAGUGGUAAACCUCUUCCCGAGGAUGUGCUCCAAAAGACUAUUGAUGCCUGUGAUCGAGCUCUCACUCUGGAUUCUUCAAAGAAAAAGGUUCUUGAUUUUGUGGAGAGUAGAAUGGGGUACAUUGCACCAAAUCUUUCAGCUAUUGUUGGGAGUGCUGUGGCAGCAAAGCUAAUGGGCACCGCUGGUGGUCUCUCUUCGCUGGCCAAGAUGCCUGCUUGUAAUGUUCAACUUCUUGGAGCCAAAAAGAAAAACCUUGCAGGCUUUUCUACUGCAACAUCUCAAUUUCGUGUGGGCUAUAUUGAGCAAACUGAGAUAUUUCAGAGCACACCACCAUCGCUGAGGAUGCGUGCUUGCCGAUUGUUGGCUUCUAAAUCUACUCUUGCAGCCCGUGUAGAUUCCACCAGAGGAGACCCUUCUGGAAGUGUUGGAAGAAAACUGCGUGAAGAAGUUAGCAAAAAAAUUGAGAAGUGGCAAGAGCCGCCUCCUGCCAAGCAGCCUAAGCCACUUCCAGUUCCUGAUUCCGAACCUAAGAAAAAGAGAGGAGGGCGUCGUCUUAGGAAGAUGAAGGAAAGAUAUGCAGUGACAGACAUGCGGAAGCUUGCUAACAGGAUGCAGUUUGGGAUUCCUGAAGAGAGUUCUCUAGGCGAUGGGCUAGGUGAAGGAUAUGGAAUGCUUGGUCAGGCUGGAAGUGGAAAGCUUCGAGUGGCAGCUGGGCAGAGCAAACUCGCCGCGAAAGUUGCUAAGAAUAGUCUAAAUUUGUACCAUAACUUUGGUUUCAGAUUCAAGGAGAGGCAGUUUGGCAGCGGUGGUGCUACUUCCGGGCUGACGUCGAGCCUGGCAUUCACUCCAGUGCAGGGGAUCGAGCUGAGCAAUCCACAAGCUCAUGCACAUCAACUGGGCAGUGGAAUCCAAAGUACCUACUUCUCCGAAACCGGCACGUUUUCGAGGAUCAAGAGGACAUGACAUGCACCGAGGCGCUGGAUAUCAACGUUCACAAUGUGUAAGAUGGAUAGGAGGCUGGCCUGAGCCUGAGAGACUUGACAUCAAUCUUUAUGGAGGAAUACAAUCGACUACCUUUCUUCCUAAGGAUUGAGAUGUAAUGAAGUUGAAACUUGAAAUGGUUUGAUUUCACGAGCCGCAACAGGCAAGACACGGAACUAUGUGCUGGCCCAGCAUGACGAAUUUUACGGGGCGUAAUGGGUCUGCGACUCUAGAUCUAUUGUUUCUUUUUUGAUCGUUUUUAUUAUGAAAACAAAAAGUGAAAAAAGGUUUCUUGAUAUGCAAAAUAAGUGUACGUGCUAACUCGUUGCUCAAUUGGCUUUGGGACUCUCCGUAUGUCGCCAUGAUUGAAUUAUCAAACGGGUAAAUUGCAAGUUUGGUCACUAGAAUAGUAGAAUUACUAUACAAGUUUACCCGAGUGAUGAUUAAUGGCAUGGUUGGUUACUGAGAUUACAAAAAAAGUUCAAGUUUGGUCACUC